CGAGUGGACAGAGAGGGAAUCAUGAACGCUACGUCUUAUUUCCAAGAGGAUGAGGAGACCGAGCUGGGCUUGGUGGGGGCCUGUGUGAUCCUGGGGGUGUGUUUCCUGGUGGGCACACCUGGGAACCUGCUGGUGGUGUGGACCAUCUUGAAGCACGUGAAACAGCGUUCGCAUACGGUGCUUCUCAUCCUCCACCUGGCAGCCGCAGAUCUUCUGGUGCUGGUCACUCUGCCGCUGUGGAUCUACUCGCUGGCCUAUUCCUGGGUGUUUGGAGAGGCUGCCUGCAAAGCCAUGGUGUACAUCAUCAACGCCUGCAUGUACAGCAGCGUCUUCAUCAUCACCAUCAUGAGCGUGGAGCGCUUCCUAGCUAUCAGAUACCCCUUCACCUCAGUCAGAUGGAGGAGGAGACAAGCACUGAACAAGGUACUUCUAACGAUAUGGAUGGCUUCAUUUCUCCUCAGUAUUCCCGUCAUUGUAACUCACACUUUGGGAGAAGCUCAUGGACAAAAUCAAUGUCUGUUCAGGGAGUAUGAAUCUGAUGCCCAGGAGGCCGUGUUGCUCAUUUUAGAGUCUCUUAUAGGCUUUGUCAUCCCUUUUUUCACUCUGUUGGUUUGUUACGGCUGCCUCUUCAGUCGCAUAGCGCAGAUGAACUUCAAGUCCAAGUGCAAGUCGACAGUUCUCAUCUGCAGUGUGGUGGUGAUGUUCGCUCUCUGCUGGAUUCCUCAUCAUGUGGGGAACCUUCUUUCCCUCAUCUCGCUCGCUCUCAAGCAUUCAAACCCCAACAUGGCGCAAAGUUUGGAGGAAGCCUGCACCACAAUGACCAUUAUAGCAGGAGCCCUGGCGUUCAUCAGUAGCUCAGUCAAUCCAGUGCUUUAUGUGUUUGCCGCGCGUACCUUCCGCAGCUCGCUCCGGGAAACUGGAAUACAGAAGCUCUUCCAGCAUCUGUCCAGUGCAGUGUCAGGUGAAGGGAAUAAAGAGUUAUCAUUUGUGUCCAAAAGACAGAGUUCACACACCACCAACUCACAGUGUCUCACGGACUCAAAAGUGCCUGUAGACGUGGCUAUGGAAUCAUGAUCAGUACCUCAGACUGAGUCUGUAAGAAGCUUUAUACCCAGGAACUCAAUAACAAUAAUAACCAUUACAACUGUUAUUUCUCAAAAAGGAAUGCUUGAAGUUUUUAAUGUAAUUUUGUAUUUCAGAAUUGCAUUCAUUUUUUAAGUAAAAUAUUUGCUUGUUCUUUGUGUUCUGAGUAUAUUCACGUUAUCUUAAAUAGCAACUGCAUAUUCUACGAUGAAACCACUUUUAUAUUUGUGAUAUAACUCAAAUGCCUUUAUAGCAAAUAUUUCUGUCUGUUUACAAUCAAAUUCCCAUGGUAUCUUAUGUAAACAGACUGGCUUUAGUCUUACAUCUUCUAUGAAUUAUGAUUUCAACAGCUUCCUUCUUCUUGCAACGUGUGUGUUUGUGAUUCUUGUAACAGAGUGAAAGAGGAAGUGGGCAUUAAACGGAACAGAUGUCCGUCUAGAAGAAGAUUCCACUGAAAUGUCAUUCUUUUCUAUAUUGCUCCUUACAUGUGAAAAUAAACUGUUAUUUUUUAAAACCUAAACAUAUAAAUGAUCUUGCAUAGGGCCACUGUCUAAAGCAAAAGAAAAACUUACCAGGCUGUUUCUUCAUCUGUGAAAUCUUUUGUGGCACUUUUCAGCGAUAUACCUUUAUUAACUGAAUUAAAAUAAUAAAUAAAUUUGUUGAAUUUUUGAAAUGCAAAAUUUGUACCUAAAGGCUGGAAUACAUUACAAAACAUUUGUAAAAUUUUUUGCCCUGAUCAGCACUCUGGAUGAAUCAGCUCUAGUUGGCCAAAGUCAGAGCAAGUCUGCAGAUUUUGGUCAGUCAGAGUUGAUGGAUUUCACAGACAAUUGCACAGUGUAGGAUGGGCACAGGCUCUGAUUUUUUAAGCUUCAGACUGUGAUUACAUCCGGUCCAUGUUUGAUACUGUGAGCUGAUUUUAGAACACAUUGUUUCCAUUUGUUAUGUGUCUCUUAGCAACGAAGCGCAUGUUUCUGUGUGAGUUUGCUGUUUUCAGAACAACUUUGAAGCCUAGUAGUGUGCUGUCCUCAGUUGUUUAGUGUACAAUGCCCAAUUUUUCUU